GCAGGGAAUGUAACAUUGUGUUCCAUCACUGAAAACUUAUUUGAUGAUCAGAGAUGGGUGGGACUAGAACUGUAUGUUCAAUUUGUGCGGUGUACAUCUACUUCAACCUGUGGCAACAGUAGUUUCUUCUUUUAUAUUGAUUUGUGCUCUAAUGAUCAUGGAAGUAUAGUAAUGCAAGGAACCCUCAAGAUAUACAGUUGUGUUGGGAUGUCAGAUCAACUUGUUGUAUUACAUGUACCACGUGUUCAUUUUCAACAACAGUUGAAUCAAUGUCAGGGUAUUAGCGCACAGUUCAGAAUUAUUCAUGCAGAAAUGGAGGUCCAUGUGUGUGGAAGCCGUUUAGUUUUCGAGCAUGAUUUGGAAGACUUGACCCAUUCAUUAACAGCGGCUGUCGGCACGAUGGGGCAACAUUUCCUCCCUGAACUAUGCUCUCAGGCCCAACCUGUUGAUAGGCGCGAUGCAGAUGAAGCAGAAAUGCCCAUCAAUUGCGGUUCCUGGUUUCGAAGAAGUAUUGCACAAGAACAAGCUCCUUCUUCAAUUGUGCGGCUGCGAAAUCAUAGAUGCCAUCUUCCACAACAGCAACGUUUGGGGGAGCCUGGCCUUACCCAAUUGGUACAUUUUAGAUCAGUAAUAUUACUCCACUCCAAAAGCAUUUUGGAAAACAGGGAUAUAAACCAAGAAAACUUUGCUGAAGAAGAUGAAUCGUUGGUGUUCGCUCGUCAUCAUGUACAUAUAACGGCUGAGACUCAACUUCAGGGAAGCUAUAGUUCACAACAGUGGAAGAAAUGCCUGAAGUUGUUGCUUCGACAGUCCAAGGUGGCUACUCUCAGUCUCGGUGGACACACAAUUUCAGCUCACAAGAAUUUUGAUCCUUCCUCCCCAUACAAUAUUAUUUGUUUCUCUGACAAGGAAAUUCCAGUGUGGUUCAAACAUGGGAUGUCGUAUCAGAUGUCUUCUAGAUCUAGGGUGGGAAUCAAACUACCUCCAAGAUUGCACUUGGAUGAGAAUUGGAGAGGACUUGCUUUAUGUGUUGCCUUUGAAGUUCAAGAACAGGGGGCAACUACUUCCCCACAGCCAGUCAAACUUCUCUGUCACUUGAGAGCCAAGGACAACUAUUGCUUGAAUCCCAUUCCCAUGUGUUCCAUCACUGAAGAGAAACUCAAGUCAUUGCAUCUUGGUAGAUUCAUUUGGCUGACUUACAUACCCCGUGUUUUGCUAACGGAGUUCAAUGUGGUAAGUGAUGUAGAGGCCAGAAUCUAUGCUAGUCGCAGAGGCUUGAGAGUGGUGAAGUGUGGUAUACGUCUCUUGUACCGGCAAGAAGAGGUGGAGUUCAAGAACACAAUAACCGAGUGCUGGACCUCUUUCUUCGACAAUCUGUCUUUCAUCCGUCAACUUGUAGAAGCAGACGAUCACAAUGGUCAACCAUGGAUAAGGCAUGAACUUUCUAUGCUUGGUGACCAUAUCAAGGUCUUUGAUCCAAGUUUAAUGUAUAAUGCAAUUCGCCGUUCUAUUGAAAUUCCUGAGUCGUUUGGGCAUGGCAUUGUCCACAUGGACCAGUAUAACAGCACGACAUGGGAAUUCCAGUUACCACCAUCUUUUAAUGGCACAAAUUGGAUGGGAUUGGCUAUCUGUGCAUCAUAUAGUAUGCAGUAUGUUGGACGUGAAUCUUCACCCUUUAUUUUAGCAUUGCAAACUGAAAACAAUGGUCUGUCAUCUCUGCAUCGGUAUCAGAUGACAAAUGAAGAAUCUAAGUUGGUAAAUCGGUUGGUAACGAGUCGGUAUAAUGUGAAUGGUGAAUUCAUUUGGCUCUCCUACAUACCACGACGCUGGUUUCUACAUCAGCUAAAUCAUGAGUCCGUCCUCAUUGCUUCAACUCGUGAUCGGAUCAGCUGGACGAAGCCGUACUUGGUCCGUAUCCGUUUUGUGUAUGCUAAUGACGUGCAAGACUUUAACGGUGUGUUUAGAUGCGGAUGAAUUCUCAUGAAUUUUAUAAAAAAUGAGAAAUUCUUAAUUGUUUUGGACUUUUUCCACCGUUUGGAUUCUUAUACCGUGGAAUUUGCAAUUUUCACGGGAAAAUAAUUAUGGAAUUUGGGAGCUUAAAUUUCCGACUUAAAUUCCUUACAAAAUAUGUGUCAUUUAUCAAUUCCCUCAACUGAGGUUAGUCUAAAUACUAAUUCUUGUCAUUUUAAAAUUCUACAUCUUGAAAUCUAAACAGUUGAAUUUUC